AUGGCAGGCUUCGGGCGCUCCAACUCGCUGAGCAUCAACACCGGCAGCAGUCUCUUCGGAAAUGCCACGGGCCAGGGGCAACAGAGUGCCGGUCUCUUCGGCUCGUCAACCGCUGCCUCGCAGCCCCAGCAGACCGGGGGGCUAUUCGGCUCGACGUCACAGCAGCCGCAGACGGGCGGGCUGUUCGGCGGUGCAUCCCAAGCGCAGGGCUCACAGCCACCCCAGUCGGCCGGCCUUUUUGGCAAUCUGAACAAGCCCCAGCAGGCCGCGGGCACUGCCGGGGGGCUCUUCGGUGCUUCGACCCAGCAGUCGCAGCCGCAGCCUCAGCAGGGCUCUGGCUUAUUUGGGGGCGCCCUGGGAGGCAACACCAACCCUCAGACUCAGACUUCCCAAUCGGGUGGACCAUUUGGUGGCCUUGGCCAGAAUCAGAAUCAGCCGAAACCUUCAUUGUUUGGCGCGUCAACCGCACAACAAAACACCAGCUCGUCUUUGUUCGGCAAUGCACAGCAGCAAAAUCAGACCUCGAACCCGUCGUUAUUUGGCAACACCCAGCAAAACCAAGCCCAGACCCAGCAGACAAGCGGGAUGUUUGGUGGCAUGACUUCACAGAACAACCCUCUCGGCGGCCUCGGCCAGUCUUCCACCCUGGGCGGCUCACAGGUCAUCCAGAUGAACGAUCUGAGUCAGAUCAAAGGCACCACCCGCCUCAACGAUCUGCACCCGGACAUUCAGAAACAAGUCUUCGGGCUCGACGAUGUCAUCCAAGCAAAAAUCGAGACCAUCAACAAGAUGCGAGAAAGCUAUCCCGGCCACAUUCAGAACCUGGAGACGGUAGCACCAGAUGUCGAAUAUGUAGAGAAGAAACUCGCCAUCGUUGCGCUAGGUCUGGAAAACGACGCAGCCAAUAUAUCGCACUUGAAGACUAUAGUCGAUGCCGAUGCAAAUGACGCCGAACUCUCUUUCCGCGCCAUUGUGAACCAAGCAUUACCUGCUCAGUUCCGUUACGGCAACCCUUCGAAUCUUUCCGCAUCCACAACGAAACCUGCUACGACGAGUUCCCUUGAGAGCGAUGACCCCACCAAGCCAGUAGAUCUUAUCAGCUACUUCAACCGUCGCACAGACGACCUAGGCAAGACCCUGGAGACAUACCAAGGCCAAAUCCGCGAGAUUGAACUGCAUCUGAGGACCAUGGAAGCCGGUGCUUACGAGAAGCAGCAACAGCUUAUGGGGGCGCGCAACAAAUCGCUGGAUGACAGGCAGCAGCUCGUGGAGGCUCUGAGGGCUAUAGAAUCCGCCAUUGUGGAUUCGGCGAAGAAAGUGGGCAAGGUGCGGGAUGAGGUUACGAAACACACGUUGGGUGGCGUCGGAGCUGCUUUGCUUUGA